AAUGAUAUGAGUGCCCUAGCAACAUCAGGUCUCUUCUUCAAGGAUGGCAAAAAACGUAUUGAUUACAUUUUAGUCUAUAAAAAGUCCAGUCCACAAAUUGAGAAAAGAAGCACUUUUGAAAAAAACCUGCGGGCAGAAGGAUUAAUGUUAGAAAGAGAGCCAGCUGUUACAAACAAUGAUAUUAUGUUUGUCAAAAUUCACUGUCCUUGGGACACAUUGUGCAAAUAUGCUGAAAGAAUGAACAUCAGGAUGCCUUUUAGGAAAAAAUGUUAUUACACUGACUGGAGGAGCAAAACCAUGGGCAGUUUACAGAGGAAUAUGAGGGAACUGAAAAGCUGGUUGCCUAGAAAUCCCAUGAAACUUGACAAAGAAGCACUUCCUGACCUGGAAGAAACAGAUUGCUACACAGCACCCUUCAGUCGAGCACGCAUACAUCAUUUUACAAUAAACAACAAAGACAGUUUCUUCAGCAACUCCACGAGAAGCAGGAUAGUACACCAUAUGCUACAGAGGACGAAGUAUGAAGAUGGAAAAUCAAAAAUGGGCAUUAAUAGAUUACUCGGCAAUGGAACAUAUGAAGCUGCAUUUCCACCUCAUGAGGGAAGUCACAAGAGCAGGCAUCCCAUCAAAACCCACGGAGCUCAGAAUCAUCGUCAUCUUUUAUAUGAGCGCUGGGCACGCUGGGGGAUGUGGUACAAAUACCAGCCUCUGGAUUUGAUCAGGCGAUAUUUUGGAGAGAAAAUUGGUCUUUAUUUCGCCUGGUUGGGAUGGUAUACUGGGAUGCUGAUUCCUGCUGCACUUGUUGGGCUGCUUGUUUUCCUUUACGGAUUAUUUACCAUGGACUCUAGCCAAGUAAGCAGAGAGAUCUGUGAGGCAAAUGAAACUGUCAUGUGUCCAAUGUGUGAGAAGAAUUGCACCCUGCAAAAACUCAAUGAAAGUUGUAUCUACGCAAAGGUUACACAUUUGUUUGAUAAUGGAGGGACUGUGUUCUUUGCCAUUUUCAUGGCUAUAUGGGCCACAGUGUUCUUAGAGUUUUGGAAAAGGCGGAGGGCUGUACUAACCUAUGACUGGGAUCUCAUAGACUGGGAAGAUGAAGAGGAAGAACUUCGCCCCCAAUUUGAAGCAAAAUAUUCCCAAGUGGAGCGAGUCAAUCCUAUAACAGGAAAACCUGAACCUUUUCAACCCUUUCCUGAUAAACUUAGUCGACUGAUGGUUUCUGUGUCAGGAAUAUUCUUCAUGAUUUCAUUAGUCCUCACUGCAGUGUUUGCAGUUGUUGUCUAUCGCCUGGUGGCUAUGGAGCAGUUUGCCUCUUUCCAGUGGUAUUUCAUAAAAAAGUAUUGGCAGUUUGCUACAUCAGGAACUGGAGUUUGUAUCAACUUUAUGAUCAUCAUGUCACUUAAUGUUGUAUAUGAAAAAGUUGCCUAUCUCUUAACAGAUUUAGAACAUCCUAGAACAGACUCAGAAUGGGAAAAUAGUUUUGCCUUGAAAAUGUUCCUUUUCCAGUUUGUCAACUUAAACAGUUCCAUUUUCUACAUUGCCUUUUUUCUUGGAAGAUUUGCUGGACGUCCUGGGAAGUACAACAAACUUUUUAACAGAUGGAGACUGGAAGAGUGUCAUCCUAGUGGCUGCUUGAUUGACCUCUGCCUGCAAAUGGGUGUUAUCAUGGUUUUAAAACAAAUGUGGAACAACUUCAUGGAACUCGGCUAUCCGUUACUGCAAAACUGGUGGUCACGACGCAAGAUCAAGAAAGGAGGGCAGUUACUGGAGCAUAAAAUUUCUCUACCUCAGUGGGAAAAAGAUUGGAAUCUGCAGCCCAUGAAUCUCCAUGGUCUGAUGGAUGAAUACUUAGAGAUGGUUUUACAGUUUGGCUUCACCACAAUCUUUGUUGCUGCUUUUCCACUAGCACCUCUGCUGGCCUUGCUUAACAAUAUCAUAGAAAUCAGGCUUGAUGCUUAUAAAUUCGUCACACAGUGGAGGCGACCAAUGCCUGCAAGAGCAACUGAUAUAGGGAUCUGGUAUGGAAUCCUCGAAGGAAUUGGAGUCCUUGCUGUAAUCACCAAUGCUUUUGUUAUUGCCAUUACAUCUGACUAUAUCCCACGUUUUGUUUACGCAUACAAAUAUGGUCCCUGUGUCGAUCAAGGAUACAGACAGGAAAAAUGUUUGAAGGGAUAUGUCAACAGUAGCUUAUCAAUAUUUGAUCUGAGUGAGCUUGGCAUGGGAUAUUCAGGAUACUGCAGGUAUAGAGAUUAUAGAGCACCCCCGUGGAGUUCAACACCUUAUGAAUUCACCUUGCAGUUCUGGCAUGUUCUAGCUGCUCGACUGGCUUUCAUUAUAGUAUUUGAGCACCUUGUUUUUGGAAUAAAAUCUUUCAUUGCCUACCUAAUCCCAGAUAUGCCCAAAGACCUGUGUGACCGAAUGAGAAGGGAGAAAUACUUAGUUCAGGAAAUGAUGUAUGAGGCUGAACUGGAGCAUUUGCAGAGGGAGCGGAAAAAGAAUGGCAAACAGUAUCACCAUGAAUGGCCUUAGUUGAUGUGGAACAACAGUGACAGUGUCAAGACUGAAAACUCCAGUUUGGGCAAGCUGAAGAAGGUGGCAAGGAAACCAUCUGCAUGCAUAAGCUUUUCCAUGAACUGGAAAAAGUGUGUUACCAACAGCCAAGACAAACAGCUACAUUCCCCUUAAUGAUUUGUGCUAAAGAU